ACUACUCGAGAUAUUCCGGUCAAUUAGUUUUUUGUAAUGAUAUCAGAGUUCUUUUUGUAAUCGAGAGGUUCCGUGUUCAAAUUCCUACGAUCUCCAUCUAUCAAACACAUGGUAUUCGGACAUGUACGAACUUCAAGUCUUUACGAGUAAUUUUCGUUUGAGGAAGCGUACAGUAAUAUGUAAUUGUUUUCUGGCGAGGAAAACUCUUGUGUUUGAUAUUAAUGCUUGCACCUUGACUUCUUGAACAACGAUUAAUAACACGGUUCACUCCUCUCCGAACAAUGUUCGAACGAGGGUGUUUGAUGUUUUUGAUGGGUUCUUGGGAACAUUCUACGUUAAUUACUCCUACUCCUAUGGAGGUUCAAUGAGAGCUCUAAAAACUAAGGGCUAUGACUAUGGCCACAUUGCAGAGAAAAAGAUCAAUUUUGACAUUGUGUGUCAAAUGUUUGGUUGUGGAACCCGUUUACACUCUUAGUUUCUCCUAUUUAUAGCCACUAGGUGUAAUUGCCUUGGUAACCACCUUAGUAACUGCUAGCUGGCCUCUUGCUUCAAACCGCCUCGGGGCCCCUUGUCGCCGCCUUGGUGACUAGUUGGUAACCGUCUCCUUGGGGGCCCUUGUCUCGUCUUGGGGCUGGUGGGUAUUUGAUGGUCUCGAUGCCGGGUCGGGUUGGUGCUGAGCCUUGUCUCUCUGUCAUGACUGGAUAGGGUUGAGCCUAUUUGCCUUAGCCUCCAUGAUGAAGUAUUGAUCACCCACCUAGACAUGAUGAGAACUUGGCCCAUUUACCCCCAAGUCUCCACCUUUAGUCUUAGAGAGACUGUCAUGGCACCAACUUGUCAUCUUGGUAUCAAGUCAAUCUUGUCGGCUUUAUACCCUUGAUACCAAGCCGGACAUGAUGAGAACUUGGCCCCUUUACCCCCAAGUCUCCACCCUUAGUCUUAGAGAGACUGUCAUGGCACCAACUUGUCAUCUUUGUAUCAAGUCAAUCUUGUCGGCUUGAUACCCUUGCUACAAAGCCGGCAGCCCUGUCGGCUUGGUUUCCAUACUUAGCUUCUAGAAUCUACAUCAUGUUUAUGAUGACUUGGUACCCAGCAUGGUAGCCACCUCAGAUGGCCACCUUGUCACCUCCUCAUCGGGUUGGCACCCUUUGAUCUCCAUACUUAGUUUUUUGGGAUGUUUGGUAACCUGAUAUCAAGUCUGGCUUGUCGGCUUGAUAUCCUUUAGGGGUCUUGGUAUCGUGUUGCCUGACUACCAAGCCUAUCUCGCCGACUUGGUACUCUGUUGGCUCCAUACUUAGCCAAUUUUCAUGUCAUGGUACCAAACUCUGCUUUGUCGGCUUGGUAUCAUGUUGCUAUGGCACCGUUGUUUGGUACCCAGCUUGGUACCCGAUCGUUUGGCACCCACCCCGUUGUGCCGCCUUGUUUCCAGACUUACUUUUUUGGGAGCCAGAUUUCAUACCAAGGGGUGGAGGCAUCGUUUGGCUAUGACCCAAGGAGACGAUUGGCCAUCAUAUAGGGAAGAAGUGUUUUGGCCACUUAGGCCCAAAACCCCAACCCAAUAAGACCCGACUAACUCAUUUAAUUAUAAAAAUAUUGAGCUGACCUUAUAAAUCUAUUAAGUGAUUUAAAUCCCCUGUAAUUGAUCGAUAUGAUACAAAUUAAUUUUAAUGGGUAAACAGUAAAAUAAGAUAUAUUAUUGACAAUCUUUUAAUAACUCAAGUUAUUGUAAUCCAUUGGUAUUCAAACCUGCAUUAAGUAACAUUCAUGACACUAAUGAGCCAACAUGUUACUAUCAGAAGCUGCAAGCAGCUGGUCACUGCCUGAUUGUCCUUUGUACUCUUUCUUUUAUUUAUUCGAUUAGUACUUGAUUCGAAAAGCAUGCUCAUCGGGACAUAUUUCCUAUAAGAAUAUUAUUUUCAUAGCAUUUUGACCUGCUGGCCAAGAAUUAGCUUUUGAGUUACAAAAAAUCUCUUGUUAAAAGCAUUAUUAUAGAGGUAUUGAUCAAAUUGUAUGUAGGGGUGUCUGUUCGGUUCGGGUCGGGUAACCGAACCCGAAACCCACUAACCUGAAAAAUCCGAACCUGCCAAUGCUUGUAACCCGAAACCGAACCCGAAUUGGUGUCUUGUGGGUUGCGGGUACCCAAACCCAAAAACUGUACUAGCGGUUUCGGUUCGGUUUGCUUGAACCCGAAAACCGAACCUCCUCCUUGAGCACUCCGCCCAACAACACCUGUUGUCUCAUUCUUAAUUCCAGAGUUUCAAUUUCUCUUUCAUUCCUUCUUCUCCUCACCUCCACUCCCACCAACACCUAUUAUUACUCUUCUGUUCCUUCUCAUACUCACCCCACUACUGUUCCAACUUCCAACCCCUACCGCCACCAGCCUACAAAAGAAACCACAGAGACUUUGCAGAUGAAGCUCUUCUGUUCCAAGCUUCAUCUGUUAUUACUCUUCUGUUCCUUUAUUGUAGCUUUUGCAUCUCUGCCACCAGCCUACAACCACAAGAAUUGGUCGAAUCUAGGAUAAGAAUCGACGAAGCUAAGGGAGGAAUCGAAUAUGGGAAACUAUAAAACCAGAUCGGAGAAAGCUUUCAAUGCGGCGCCCGAUGUACCCAGAUGCACCACCGACUUGGAAAGCUUCCGACUCAAACGGAACCAUAUGCGUCCCCCGACUUUACCCAGAUGCACCACCCGACGUUACCCAGAUGCGCCGCCUGACGUUACCCAGAAUCCCAGAAGCGUCGCCCGAAUUGUGGAGGGAAACCACCACUAUACUCACCUCAAUCCUCUGUCGAAGCCUUGAAAUCAAAAGGUUUGGGAGUUUCAGAUGAGAUGGGAAAGCCUCGAAGAUCGAAGUUGAACUGCAAAUCCCAAAAGGGCAUAACGGUAGCUGAAGGUUGGUAUCGGGGUUUUUCGAGUUCUUAUCGGGUUUCGGGUUACAACGAAACCGAUGCCACACACAUCUGGGUUGAAACCGAAAACCCGAACCCGACAGCACUGCUAUCGGUUCGGUUUCGGUUGAACCCGAAAACCCGAAACAGUACCGACACCCCUAAUUGUAUGUCUUCAUUCGAUCUUUCAGUCAAAGGCGGAAAGGUGGUCUCAUAUAGACUUUGGACAGUUGGAAUAGACGUUUUGAUUCAUGAAUCAAUGAAGAAAUCAUAUUUAUUCACACCAUUCUUCAAUAUUCAAGUGGUGGACGAUAUCCAAAUUCUGAUAAGUUGAUUUUAGUGAUAAUAAUUCUGGCUCGCAUGCUAUACGACGAUCACCUAUGCUAAUUGUAGUGACAACCGUUGUAAAGAGAUUGAGGAGUGAUAGGGGUAAUAGAGUUAAAACUCAAUUAUAAAUGUUUGAUUUGAUUUUCAUAUAUAUGGAAUUUGUAGAGAAACUCACCAAGACAACAUCUUUAAUUUUUGUAUUUUUUUUGUGCUCACUCAUAUUCCGUUUACUGCUUUAUAAUAUUUGGCUUUUUACAUUCUUCUUUCGAUUAAGUUCGGGAUUAUGUCUCAUAGUAAGGUUGUAGUGGUGUAAAUCCAAAUCACUAGAUCUUAACUCUAUGUGUUCUUCGAACAAAUUGGUUAUACUAGGUGAAAUCAUCAUAACAUAAGCAACACAUUUUCUACCUUGUUUCCUACCACUUUAAGAUAUUUCUCUUUACUUUUCUCCACAGCAAACAAAACACUUGGGACAAUGAUAACACAUACAAAAAAACCAUUUUGGACCCUCUAUUUUAUGACAUGUUUUAUAUGAUUUUUACAUCAUAACUUGAAUUUGCUUGAUAUAUAUAUAUAUACUCAAAAGUGUGUGUGAUAGCAUCUUGGAGUUUUUUUACACGUGUGAUGCCUUUUGUAUAUUUUUUCAAUAUUUCCAGGUAGGGUCAUUAAAAAGAUCAUCAUGAAAUGAAAGAGGACGAGAAAACGAGCGCAUAGAUUCAGACGAGAAUGGAUUCAGAGGUCGGACGAGUGAGAUAUAGCCCAAACAAGCCACACAACAUAAUGGCGCCCUUGUCUGCCAAAUCCCAAAAUGGCGGUUAAAAGCCCAAGUCGAUUUAAAAACUCGUCAUUAUGAAGAAGUGAGUUGAAAGGAUUUUUUUUAGGAGCAGCAUCUUUUCCCCUGGGAUGAAUUGAGGAGGGUUAGCCACCAGAAAACGACCUCGAGAAGCUCUCAAGUCUCAAAACGGAGAAAGAAGUCAAGAAUCGAGAAGCAAUUGAUCAUAUAGAAACAUCUCCUCUUCUUGUAUUUGUUGUUUUUUUUAUUUAUGGAUAACUAAACGUCUAGUUGUCUAUAUUAUUUAUAUUAUAUAGAAUCCUAGGGAUGAUGGAGUUUUUUUUGGGUAUGGCCUCAUGGAUGUUUGAUUGAUUGCUAUUGACAUUUUCAUGUUAAUGAGAUUGCUUAUUUCAUCGAAGCUAUUUUCUCACAUGAAUAAUGAUGAUAGCUUCGAAUAUGUUUUGUGUUAGAUGAGACUGGACACAUCCAUCUCUCACAAAUCAAUCACCAAUUGAUUGAACCACCCAAACUCCUCAAGAGAGAAAUUUGUAGGACCCAUCAUAGCUUAUUAGAUCUAUUAAUCGUUAGAUGUACGAUAUCAUGGAAUCACUCUCUCAAGGUCAAGCCUUAACUCACAUGAUAUAGGAAACCAUCAGACCUCGGGGGAAAAUAAUAAGGAUAAUCAACUUUA